AUUUCGAUUUUAUUCAAAAUUUGUCCAAUUUAUGGACAAAAAUGUUUCGACGAUGGAACCGAAUAUUGCAUCGAUGAAAACGACAUACUUUCUGUCGAUCUUUUGCCUGGAUCCUUUUUGUUUGCGGAUGAACAAACGGCUAAUAACUUAACGAAAAUUUCUGACUAUGAAGUGGCAGAUGGAUCCAUGUUUAACGCGAUAAACGAAAUGGAAUAUCAUAGAAAAAAGAUGAAUGAAUAUUUAUGUCACGGUUACAUGGCUGAGGAGAUAGUAAAAAUCAUGAGUACACCAAGAACUAAAAGACGUCUGAAUGUGGAAAAUAGUGAUUUGUAUAAGAUGAUGGACGAUGAUAAUGUUACUAUUCACGAUAAAAUGUUGGCCGACGAAGGAAGUUCGAAAUACAAAAACUGGUUGCAGCGGAGAACGACUUUGGACGAUGUAUACAGACACUAUGCUCCCCGUAAAAAGAUGAAGAAAAAGCAAGGAACUCACGAUGAAAAUUUCGACGAAUUCGAUGGAGAAGUCACGGGUUAUGCGAUGCAAGCUCCUUUGCCUACCGGCAAAGUUGGUUUUUUCGACGAACAUAACGAAGAAGAGGAUCACAUGCUCUCAUCGUCCUCGGGACACAAUUUUCAUUAUGGUCACCCUGGUCACGAUCAUUUCCUGCAUCACACGGAAUCAUUUCCCGCUAUACACGAGGAAUACUAUUACACAGCUCCUGUUUAUCACGAGCACGAGGAGGAGUAUCACAAACCCUACUACAAAGGGAAAGGAAAUGAACUUUCGAUAAAAGAUUUCUUCGAAAUUGCACUCACAGCUCUAGCGUUCUUGGCUUUUGGAUUAUUUAUUAUACAAUUAUUGAUGAACGCUACGACUAACAUGAAUACAACUAUGGCAACAAUGGCAACUGCAGCGAAACGUCGCAGAAGAAACGUCGGGGGUUUACCUUUCUCAUACGACAGCAACGAAGAUUUGAACGAACUAUCUUACAGUGUUUUAAGAACUAUCGAAGCUGCUCUUGUCGCUGACAUGGACUCUGGAAACUGUAUCCGAAGAAUUCUUUGCGAAAAUAAUCAAUUUUCCACGCGAACUAAAGAUGCGCGAAAAAUUUGGAUACCAGUUUGGAGUUUAGGAAUGAGCUGGAUAUCCGGCAGAGUGCUAAAAGGAUCUCCAUGGUCGGCAAUACUGGAUUCUGUAAAAGCUUCUAUCCUCGGUCUGGGUGGAGCAAACUGUGCAUCUUUGUAUCCUGAUUGCGAUCUUAAGAAGGAAAGGGUUAAGAGACGUAGAAGACGUAGAAAAUAA